UUACUAGUCAUAACCUUCAUAGAGAUAGAAGGGUAAUUCUGAGAAUUCACUUGAAUCAGUUAGUUUUUCUCCCGCCAAAUCUCGUUACUGUUUGAUCGUUCUGUUUCGUAACUGCUUCCGGCAUGGGAAACGCCUUCUUCCUCCUCCUCCGCCUCGUGCUCAGUAUGAGUAUCUUUGCAGUUACAGAAGCGGUGCCGCCACAGCCACCGCCACCUUCAUCCAGAGGAGGAUGCACCGAUCAGCUAAUUCUAUUCUCUCCGUGUCUUUCUUACGUUUCGUCUCCUCCAAACAACCUAUCGGAGACAGCUUCAAGCAAAUGCUGUGGCGCUUUCUCAUCGUCGUUCGCACCUAACUCCCUCUGUUUCUGCUAUCUCCUCCGUGACAAUCACAUCCUCGGCUUCCCUAUGAACUCCACAAGGCUUCUUUCACUCUCCUCCCUCUGUCUUUCGCCUCCACCAACCAUCUCUUCUCUCAACUAUCUUUGCGGAGAAUCACCGACUCUGCCUCCUCUCAGUAGCGCUGAUAUUUUAAGGAAUCCCAACAAUUCUUCAGUAACAGGGUCAGUGUCCAGUGCUUCAGGAGGGAAAACGGUACCUCACAAUGGCAAGGGACCAGGGACAACAUUGUACUUUCCAACGUCGAAUGGUUCUACUUCAACACUCAUUGAUGGUGGAUACUACUGCAAGUUUUUGCUACUUGUUAUACUUCCACUCUUUAACCUCAACAUGCUUUACUUUUAAUGCUCAAUAUUUCUCAAUUACUAGUACUUACUAGUUUUCAUUACCAUCAUCCUGUAUAUUCAUGGAAUAUAUAGUUGAAGCUCAAGUUUUUGUUUCACCUCACAUUGAUUUUAUUUCAACUGAGAAUGACCAUUACAUUACAGACC